AUUAAACGCAUACCAUAUGCGGCGCACCGGCCGUACGCCCUAUUGGUUGGGCAUACGUGUCGGUCAUCGACGGUAUUGUCAGCUAGAGAUCGGCUAAAAGUGAUGACAUUUAUCGAGAGAUUGUCGUCCGAACCCAUCAUUGCAUGGCCGGCAGGAAAAACUACGAGUUUUGAUUUAGAUGGCUGUCAAGCGGGAGACUAUGCUUGUUUGGUCGAAAAUGGCCAAAAUGUGUCAUUCACUUUUGGAUUCCAAUCUGAAUCCGAUGAAUCGAAUCCGAAAGUGACCAUAGUGUUCGGUCAUACCGACAAACAAGGUUCUUAUGUUGAGGACUACGACUAUACACAUUAUCACACCAACGCCUGUCCCACCACUGCCUGUCCCAUACGUAAAGGUGUGGCCCAGAGGUUGACGUUCAACACCACUAUUAAAGCGACAGAAUUUGUGAGCAGCGGAACCGCUAAACGAUUAACAAUUAGAGUUCAUAUUGAAGGCAAUGGAAAUGAUUUGGUCUGUAGUGAAGUAUAUCUGGCCAUGAUCAAAUAA